UCUUCCCCCCUUCUCCUCCUCCUCCUCUUCCUCCUCCUCUUCUCUCUCCCCCCGCCCUCCCCGGCCGCCCGCCGGUGCCGGCGGAGGCGGGCGGAACGGGCUGGGCCCGUUCGCAUCCCCCCGCCCGGCUCCGCCUCGCCGAGGGAACGGGGAGCUGCCGGGCCGUCCAGCGAGGCCGGUAACCGGCAGCCCCGGAGCCGCCGCCACCGGAGCGAGCUGGCCGGUCCCCGCCGAUGGCACCGCGCUGCCGCCUCCAAGGAGGAAGGUGCUGAGCUCUGAAGCUCCGGGGUUUUGCUGCCCAUGGGCUCAGCAGGAUGAUGCCAGCUGGCCGAGAGCCCCCCGCGCCCCUCGCGGUGCCAAUGUGACCAAGCGGCUGGCUGGGAACCGCGACGCCAAGCCUGGCACGGUGAGCGCAGCGGCUUGUGGCCCCCGCUUUGGGGCCUGCCACCCAAAGAUGAGCGAUGGCGGGUGGAUCUCACUCAGCCCCACCGAGUUUGCCCAGCUCCAGCAGUACACGGACUACUCCACCAAGAAGCUCAAGGAUGUCCUGGAGGAGUUCCACGGGGACGGCGUCCUCUCGAGGUACAACCCUGAAGAGCCCAUCGACUACGAGGGCUUUCGCCUCUUCAUGAAGACCUACCUAGAGGCGGAUGUGCCCGAGGAGCUUUGCCAACACCUCUUCACCUCCUUCAAGCGUAAGAUAUGCCAAGCCUCCCCCGAGACCCAGCGUCAGAGCCCUGGCAUCUCACAGCUCAACACCCUCGGGAUCAAUGGGAAAAUGCUCCUGAGUGCCCUGGGACGACACCCUCCUGAGCCCAAGAGCUGCCACAGCAACGCGGCUGAGCUGCAGCCGGCAUCCCUCACCCCGGCAUCGAUCCCCAAUGCCUCCCCGAGCUGGUCCAGAUCAUCCUCCCAGAAGUCCACCACCGGCACCCCUUCUGCUCACAACUCCUCGGGCUCUUCGAAGAUCUCCCCCGGGUCCCUGCUCAGCCCUCAGUCGCCAGGCACGAGGACUGUGGAGAAGAGGUUACCCUUCAGCCUGCGGAAGAGCCACAGCUCCCUGAAAGCCACCCCCCCACCGCCCCCCACCCCCCUGGCCCAGGUGGUCCACCUGAAGGACAUUGUCUGCUACCUGUCCCUGCUGGAGAGGGGACGGGCAGAGGACAAGCUGGAGUUUAUGUUUCGCCUCUACGAUACUGAUGGAAAUGGCCUCCUGGACAGCUCGGAGCUGGAUCGUAUCAUCAACCAGAUGGUGCAUGUGGCUGAGUACCUGGAGUGGGAUUCCACCGAGCUGAAGCCUAUCUUGAAGGCAAUGAUGGAGGAGAUCGACUACAACCAUGACGGGACCGUGACGCUGGAGGAGUGGAUCCGGGGUGGCAUGACCACCAUCCCUUUACUGGUCCUCCUGGGGAUGGAGACGAACGUGAAGGACGAUGGGCAGCACGCCUGGAGGCUGAAGCACUUCAAGAAACCUGCCUACUGCAACUUCUGCCGCACCAUGCUGCUGGGGGUCCGCAAGCAGGGCCUCUGCUGCUCCUUCUGCAAGUACACCGUCCAUGAGAGGUGCGUGUCCAAAGAUAUUGCCUCCUGCAUCAGCACCUACGUGAAAUCCAAGAGAAACAUGAGCGUGAUGCAGCAUACCUGGAUUGAGGGCAAUUCCCCUGUCAAGUGCGACAGAUGCCACAAGAGCAUCAAGUGCUACCAGGGCAUCACUGGCCUGCACUGCGUCUGGUGCCAAGUCACUCUCCACAAUAAAUGUGCCUCCCACGUGAAGCCAGAGUGUGAUGGGGGCCUGCUGCGGGACCACAUCUUGCUGCCUUCCUACAUCUGCCCCGUCGUCCUGGACAGGCAGUCCCACUGCCGGAGAUCGGAGAGUGACUCCCCUGCCAGCACUAGCCCUGAGGACAACCAGGGCUUCAAGUUCAACUCCACCACGGUGGAUGGGCAAGGACUGCAGAUCAGCCCCCGGCCCGGGACACAUCCUCUCCUGGUGCUUGUGAACCCCAAGAGUGGAGGAAGACAAGGGGAGCGGGUCCUCCGGAAAUUUCACUACCUGCUCAACCCACGCCAAGUGUACAACCUAGACCGCGGCGGGCCCGCGCCGGGGCUGAGCUUCUUUCGGGACACUCCAGAUUUCCGCGUCCUGGCCUGCGGAGGGGAUGGCACAGUGGGCUGGAUCCUAGACUGCAUAGACAAGGCGAACUUGGUGAAGCACCCACCGGUGGCUGUCCUGCCCCUGGGAACGGGCAAUGACCUGGCCCGGUGCCUGCGCUGGGGAGGAGGCUAUGAAGGAGGCAAUCUGAUGAAGGUCCUGAAAGACAUCGAGCACAGCACAGAGGUGAUGCUGGACCGCUGGCAGAUAGAUGUCAUUCCCAGUGACAGAGAGGCCAACGGAGACCCUGUCCCAUCCACCAUCAUCAACAACUACUUCUCCAUCGGGGUGGACGCCUCCAUCGCCCACCGCUUCCACGUCAUGCGAGAAAAGCACCCCGAGAAAUUCAACAGCAGGAUGAAGAACAAGCUGUGGUACUUCGAAUUCGGGACGUCGGAGACCUUUGCAGCCACCUGCAAGAAGCUCCACGACUACGUCGAGGUGGAGUGCGACGGAACCCUGCUAGACCUCAGCAACGCGUCCCUGGAGGGCAUCGCCGUCCUCAACAUCCCCAGUAUGUACGGUGGCUCCAACCUCUGGGGCGAGACCAAGAAGCAGCGCGGUUACAACCGGCUGGGCAAGAAAGCGCCGGAGAAGCUGCAUGCCACGGUGGUCACUGACACCAAGGAGCUCAAGUUCUGCGUGCAGGACCUCAGCGACCACCUCUUGGAGGUGGUGGGGCUGGAGGGUGCAAUGGAGAUGGGGCAGAUCUACACGGGGCUGAAGAGCGCUGGAAAGAGACUGGCCCAGUGUUCGUCCGUCACCAUCAGGACAUCCAAGCUGCUGCCCAUGCAGGUGGACGGGGAGCCCUGGAUGCAGCCAUCCUGCACGGUCAAAAUUACACAUAAAAGCCAAGUGCCAAUGCUGUUGGGCCCCCCACAGAAAAGCAGCUUCUUUUUCCUGAAGAGGAGAAACCGAACUCGAGAUUAAGCAGCGUGCAAGGAGCCAUGGUCCAGAGGCACCUGGCAUCCCGGACACCUGCCUGCUGCAGGGGGUCCCCAAAUCCCCACUCCGCAGUGGGGAGAGAAAACACCCCCCCAAGCCCGGUGGGGAUGCUUUGUCCUGGGAAGGUCUUGGAGGCUCCUUCCCAACCACCACAAGCGUCUUCUCCAGCUGGGAUGGAAGUGGUGGGCAAAGGCAGGCCGAUGCACGGGGAGCGCAUUCGCUGGAGCAGUGCUAUGACUGGAGUUUUUUUCCCUUUAUUUAAAUAACCCCCCCUGCUGCCUGCCCCGGCAGAGCUGCAAAUGAACGCGCUCCCGAGAAAACGCCAAGCUUCACUUAUUUAUUUUUAAUCCCCUUGAAAGACACUCGAUGUUUUGCUGCACUGGCUUUCUGUCCACCUUGCACAUUGGAGAAGUUAUUUAUUUUCUUAGCCUAGAGGAGAUGGUCUCUGCCAUGCCUUCAGCUAGCGCUUCUGGGAUGGGUUUUAAGCAGAUGCAAAGCCAGCCUUCACUGCCAGCCCUGCGAGCUGCCAGGCAUGGGAUGGGCUGGGGACAGACAAGAUGGUGCCUGGGCCACGGGGGCAAGCGUGGGGUGGAUGGGAGGAGACUGUGUUUUGACAUGGAAGAGGCAAAAAAGGGAUUUGGCGGCUGAUUCUUGGGAAACCCCCGUGCCCCAGCUCUGGGCUUUGUGUUCAUAUUUAUGUAUUUAUUUAGCAAACUUUGGGGGGACUUUGGGGCUCACCUUCUUUUUAUGAGCCCAGGUUGGACACGAAUGCCACCUCCCUUCUCUGCUGGCUGUCCCCUAUGGCACUUCCUUCCAAGUGGACUUUCCUCUCUCCUAAAGCCUGCCAGCCUGUGCCAUGGGUUGGGGACCGACAUCCAGAAGCUCUUCUCGCUUGGAAGUGUCCCCCCUGGCCUUUUUACACAUCUCCUCAUGUGCUUCGCCAGGCCCAUGCUCUCCCGGUGGCAGCUGUGCUGCCUCCGGUGCUCCUGGAUGGCUGCAGGGAGCAGUGAAGAGCUCUUGCACCUUGGUUUCCGCACAGCCAGGUCUCCCCCCUGACCCACCCCAAAGCCAAGGAGCUUCGCAGAUGCCGCUGCCAGCCCCCUGCCUGCAUGGGUGCCCACUGCUCACCACCUGGCUGCUCCUUUUCUCCUCGCCAGCCGGGGUGCACGGGCAGGUUUCGGUGGCAUCACCCAUGUAUCCCCCACUAGGCGUGUGGGGAGAGACCACGGGACGCAGCUUCUCCCCAGGAUGCAAUGGGGCCCAGAAAACGGAUGAAUGCAUGGAGGCCAUGGUGGUCUAGAUGUGUGCCCCGCUUCACGGCGCUCCCAGGAGCUAGGAGUUGGCAGGACCGGCCCACGGAAAGGCUGCUGGUUGCUGCUGCAGGCACUUGCUGCCUCCUGGGGUGGCCCUGCACGGGGGGACACCUGGCUCCUGAAUCAGCUCCCGCUCCCAGGCAGCUCCCUCAGGUCUGGCGGAGGCCCCUGUGCCACUGUGAGCAAGCCGGGAGCAGCGUGUGCCCUGUGGAUGUUGCUGCAGGCAGGAAAACUGCUGCUUGUCCCCGCUAUGCCCCUGCCAGAGGGUUGGGAGCCAUGGCUGGGACAAGCCACCCUCUCCUCCCCAGUGACCCAGCGCCCAGUCUCUCCUCAUGCUGCAGGUUCCCAUUCAAUAGCAUUCCCCUGGUAGUGCAGAGGGUGCUGCUGUCACUAUGCUUCAGAGUGAACAGUGAGCUGAAAGGGAGCCAUUUGUCACCCUCCCCAGGCAGAGACAGUAGUGCUGUUGUGCGCCCAUUCAAGCUUUAGCUCAGGGCUGUUUCUGACAGCAGCCGUAGGGCCCUGCUGACAUGGGAGGAGGUGUCAGCAGCACCCCAGGGGACUCCCAGCUGGCCUCUAGCCCACGAAUCCCCCUCGUGGCCAGAGCACAGGAGGAGGCUCCAGUGGGCUGCCAUGGCUCCCUCUCCUCCUGCCCUCGGACAGGGCGAGGGCGAGCUGGGGGGCAGGUGCUCACUGCAAGGCAGGAGAGCACUGUGGAGCGAGCGAGAGCAAGCAUGGGCCCAGCUGGCAGGCACAGAGGUCACCACAGCUCACCGAAGCCAUGAGCUGCGUACACGGGCAAACUCCACCUGCCGUGCAUAAAUCCCCCCUCCUCCUCCUCCCCCUCCUCCUCGUCACCCUGCCCGGGCAUUAAUGAGUAGCCAGGUGAAAGCGUAGGGGAGCUAGGCCAAAUAAACCCUGGGUCUCCUGGACCAGCGGCCUCCAUUGGAAAAAAAACCCUCGACCAAGCUUUGCUGGCAGGCAGGUUGAUGGGUUUGAUCUGUGGGAUGACACGAGGGAUGGGCAUUUAUAGCAGCAGGUUUGGCUCCAUUUCCCUGCCUGCUUGGCCUCAACCCAGGGUUUUAUCCCAGGCCUCCGAUUAGGAAGUGCCUGUAUGGAAUCGGCAAUGUUUUUCACCACCGACCUGCUCCUUGCACCCAGACAUGGUUUGCUGGGCUCUGGGCAAAGAGCAGCGCUUGGGUGUCUCUGCUGCAGUUUGCCAUCAGUGGUGCCAGAGCUGGGGAAUCAAGCGGGCACUGUCCGGCAGCAUGCCAGGGGGCGAGGAGUGUUUGGUUGAGCUCAAAGCUGGAGGGGGAGCACCCAAACACAUGUCCUGCAGGAUACAGGGAGCCCAGGGCCACCACCCUGGACCACGGGGGAAUGAUGACACACUGGCACCAGUCUGCCAAGGGUGACAGGCUCCGAUAGAGACAUCCCCUUCUGAUGAUCAGUGAGACAAUUCCUGCCACCUCCCCCGGGGGAACACAGCUUUGAUCCGCUCCCACCAUACCAAAGCCAUGGUUCAACGGGCCUGGCAGCUAACGACCUCCUUAGUCCAAUGAUGCAAAAUCUUCAGCUCAGGAGGGGACCUACAGGGGCUGGGAUGCCAGCCCGGCUGUCCCCGGCUCCAGGGAGGAACAUGCCAUGCAGCCGAGGGGCACGCGAGGCUCUGAAACCAAUCUCCCCAAUCUCCCUCGGCAUCUCCCAGCUCAGCCCCGUUUGUCCCUCAAAGGCCACAGGAUGGACCUCCCAAACACGCCCCCCCCCCCCCCCCCCCAGUCCCAGGCACUGGUGCCAGUGCGCAAGCAGCCCACCGAGCCGGUGCCAUUCUGGGGGAAUCCCUGAUUGCUGGGGAGCCCAUUGCCGUGGGAGCCCCAGCCCUGUCCUCCUGCUGUGUGCGUAGCCGUGGUUGCCUGCAUGGAAAUGGUGUCCGUAGCGUAGUGUGUGUUGCCGUGUACACCUGGACUGCUGUGGGCUUGCCUCAAAUAAAGAUGAUGAAGAAAUA